AUGCGAAAGGUCGACAGCGCUUCUAUAAGCACCGAUGAAAGACCUAACUCAUGCUUCUCUGUCGACUCAUCAUUGGUCUCCAGCUUUUCGACUUCCGUGACUAAACAGCUUGGCAACCUGACUUUGCGAAGCCUUCAAAUCAGCACCUUGUGCGAAGUGCGAACAGCCCAGGGAAGGCGCAAGAAAGGAGAUGGCAAUUGUCUACUCCAAUACAUUCCGUUUAGCUCGCAAGUCUUUCGAAUGUCUUCUGCAGUCACAUGGGACCAUCGUCGCCACCACGCAGAGAUGAUAUUCGAUCCCACAUCUGCUCGAACAUCACGAGAGCCAGGUGACUUUCGACAGCUUCUCCAAUUUGCCUUCCCGCCUCAGCCAGGCUGUGGCUACAUUUUUGGCCUCGAACCCCACCUCCGACCUUUCAUCGGGACCGUCAAGAUGAGAGUCAGUCGCCCCGGACCUGCCUACGUGUACUAUGCCGGGUGCAGCGUUAACGUUACUCCCCAGUCAAGGGCUAGUAACGACUUCAAGCAGGGCCGCAGUUUCUAUAAGCAGCUCGUCGACUUCUGGGGUAUCGACUCCGUCAAGGUCUACCGCGGCAACCUCGGCCAAGUCUUCGUCGACCCUUACGAAUACCGCGCCAGCCGCCAGCUCCAGAAUGAGAAACAUACCUUGAUCUCGAUGAGGUACCCGUUGUGCCUGAACAGAGCUCCUGGAGGUUUCAACCACGAGUUCAGCGUCGACCGCUUUCCGGCCAAGCCUCUGCCCCGACUUACUCGCGGUCCGGUGCAGCCAGCCAUGAUCCAAGCGCUUCAGCGUCACUUUCGCGGGAUGUACUCCAUCUUCGCAGAAAAGACGAGAAGCGAAGGGAUUGAGCCGGUGGCCCUCAACGCCCAAAUUACGAUGGCUACCCCUCGAUGCACAGUUCAAGGGAGAGUCCCCGUUGUGGCGGCCGCCAAAGACAUCACCCAGGAGGCCUUCGAGGGUAGACAUGCCGAGAUGAGCUAUCGCGAACGACUCGCCGGUCCCGGUCCGCAGCUCGCCAACGCCGCGCUGCUGCACCAACAUGGGAUUGACAACCCGUACGGUGCCACAGCCGAGGAGAAGAUGGAGUGGUGGUGGUCAACGACGUUCCUGCGCCGAUUCCUGGCUGUGCUGGGCUGGCCACCAGUCAUCUGGACCGAGGCUGCCGAGGUUGCCGCAGCCUUCGUGGACGACAACAUGAGCAAGGUCGCUGCUUUCGAUGACGAACCGACUUUCUACGACUGCGAGACCCACGUUCCAGCCGCACCGCCCGGACAUAUUGCCAUGCAAUCACUCGAGAUCAUGGCGUUGGUCGGCAAGGCUACUAUCGCCGACCUCGGCGACGGGCGAUACGCGAUAGUCCUGCUCAACAUGCAUCGGGGAGCGAUUAAGCACGACCCACUACUCGCGCAAGAUCGAAGCGAGCUUCAACUCACCGCCGACGCAGCGCACCAACGUCGCAUGGGCGCAUAUCUGGCGUACAUCCUCGCGAAUGGGUACCCGAACGACCGGGCAUCAUUCGAGGAGAUGUAUGAGGCUGGCGAGGCGGCCGUCCCCGACGCCAUGCACGCCGAGCUCAAGCGCCUCCGGGCCCUCGCGGCGGGCCGUGAGGCUGUCAUCCACAGCCUGCGGGGUCGCACAGCGGUCGCCAGCGGUGCCGUGAUGGGCGAACGAGUGGGCCGAGGCACGCAGGAGGGCCGAGACCGGUACGAGUCUCGUCGGAACGACAACCCAGCCACACAGUUUUCCAACGUCAUGCCGGUGGACGAGGCGCUGCAGGCCUUGAUUCACGAGGAGUCCUACACGCCCUUGGACGUGGUCCUCGUGACGUGCGCCUCAUGCGGAGCGAGUGUUCCCGGCGCCAGAUCCUAUGGCAAGUUCAGGGUCCAACACGCUUGUGCGACCCGCCUCCCCUCUACCACUGCGACGUCGACGAAGGCCGUGUACACCCGCAAGGACCUGAGCGAGAUCAAGCUGAACUGGGGCUGGCAGGCCAUGGACAGCCCUUGCUUCUCGGAGCUCUUCGACAAGCUGGAGCUCAUCGAGCUCAUCGCGAAGGAGGUCCUAACGCUUGAGGAGGGCAGGAGCAUUCUUGCGGCGUGGGGUUGGUCAGCGCUGCUGCCGGCCGGCUGGGAGCAGGUGCAGCUGCCGCAGACAGUUGUCGCUCUCAGCUCUUCAGAGGAGUGGGCCUUCGCCAACGCGAUCGGCGUUGUCUUGACGACGGUGAGCGGCCGCCCCGAUCUCGAGCGCCAGCGGAUCUCUCUCGAUGAGACGUAUCUCCGGCCGUUCCUCACCAAGGCGACCGAGUCGAGCACGCUGUACCGGUGCUCAAGAGGGGAUUGCUUCUGGGUGCGCCCCUUCAAGCCGACGUCGCACGACUGCAUCUCGGCAGCCGGCGAGAACUACCCGCCCGAGUUCACCAAGGGCGGCAAGGCGGAGGACAAGCCCAAGGGCAACCGCCACUCGCAAUCCAUGGUUCCGUUCGGCACCUGGUCAUUCCAUGACCUUCCGAAGGCGGUCAAGGAGCGAGCUUGGGCAUCGUUCAUCAGUGCCUCUAACCCUCUCGGCGUAGAUGCGCAGCUGUUCCAGCCGGGGCCGUUCCAGCGGAAAGCAGAUUACGCGGACAAGUUGGAGCUGCUGCCUCAGCCGGGGGAGACGGGGGGGUGUAUCUCAGUUGAAGAAUCGCGACCACAUGUAGCUGAGUUUAACCACCGAGCUUAA